AUGGCUGUCUUCACCACCAGGUCGGCGGCCUUCCUUGGCCUCGCCGUCGUGCUCUGUGUCAUCGCCGGCGAGGCGAAUGCGCAGCAGCUCUCGCCCAACUUCUACUCCACGUCGUGCCCCAACCUGGCGUCCAUCGUGCGGUCGGGGAUGACCUCGGCCGUGCAGACGGAGAGGCGGAUGGGCGCGUCCAUCCUCCGCCUCUUCUUCCACGACUGCUUCGUCAAUGGGUGUGACGGCUCCAUUCUGCUUGACGACACGUCGACGUUCACCGGCGAGAAGAACGCCGGGCCGAACGCCAACUCGGCCCGCGGGUUCGAGGUGAUCGACGCCCUCAAGACCCAGGUCGAGGCUACGUGUAGGGCCACCGUCUCCUGCGCCGACAUCCUCGCGCUCGCCGCCCGUGACGGUGUCAACCUGCUCGGAGGUCCCACGUGGAGCGUGCCGCUGGGGCGCAAGGACUCGCGCACGGCGAGCCAGAGCGCGGCCAACGCGAACCUCCCGGGCCCCGGCUCCAGCCUCGCCACGCUCAUCACCAUGUUCGGCAACAAGAACCUGUCGCCACGGGACAUGACGGCGCUCUCCGGCGCGCACACCAUCGGGCGGUCGCAGUGCCAGUUCUUCCGCAACCGCAUCUACAACGAGACCAACAUCAACGCCAGCUUCGCGGCGCUGCGGCAGGGGACAUGCCCGCGGUCCGGCGGCGACAGCAACCUCGCGCCCUUCGACGUGCAGACAGCCGACGGGUUUGACAAUGCCUACUACCAUAACCUGGUGGGGCAGCGCGGCCUCCUGCACUCGGACCAGGAGCUCUUCAAUGGCGGGUCGCAGGACGCGCUGGUGCAGCAGUACAGCAACAGCCCCAGCCAGUUCUCGGCCGACUUCGUCACGGCCAUGCUGAAGAUGGGCGGCCUGCUGCCGUCCUCCGGGACGCAGACAGAGGUCAGGCUGAAUUGCAGGAGUGUAACAGUUCCAGACUGGACAAAUCACAUUUUGUUUGGUUCGGCUGUGUAA